AGUGUGUGUAGGUGGGCAACGGUGCGAAUGUUGGAAGCAUGGAGGCAAGGCAAAGGCCGAGAAUGGCGGCAAUACAAUUACUAAAUUCCAAGCUCCAUCCAUUCAUCCAUCCUCCUCAUACUCAUUUCAUUCCUAGUAAAUUUCCAUUUCUCUUUUUCCUUUUUCACACACACACACGCAGUAGACAAAGAUAAAAGCCCACAGCAAACGCACAAACAAGAAAAGAAAAAAGAUUCUCUCUCUCUCUCUCUCCCCCUCCCCCUCUCUUGUUGCUUGAAAUCCCAGUAAAAAAGUACCAUCAUUUGGCGGAUUUAUCAUGAAAACAAGAUAUUCUGGUUUUUAUUUGAUUUAUGUUUGAAAUGGAUUGGUGAGAAAAUUGGGAAGAAGAAAGAAAGGCUGUUUUUCGGAGUGCUGGUUUCUUCAAAUCCCAGUAACAAAAAACCCUUUUUUCUGGAGUGGGGGGUUUGUUUCUGUUUUUUGACUUGGUUGUUUUGGUUGGUGAUUGUUUCGAUAAAAAGGUGGUUUUUCCGUUUAAGGAAAAAGUGGCUAUGGAAAAGGAAGCUAAGAUUGGUAGUGGGUUUGGCGUUUCACACAAGAAAUCAUCAUCAAACAGUCAUAUUGUUAGUUCGAUGAAGAUGCAAGAGAUGGAUGCUCAAACUGAAACUCAAGCAUUCCCUUCCAAGAUUUGCAUGAUGCCUACCCAUCAUCAAGAAACCAACCCGGGCCGUCCAUUUGCUGGCAGUAAUGAUCACUCUGGCGGCGGCGGCGGUGCUGGUGGUGGAGGUGGAGGCGGAGGCAUGGAGCCCACAACCAACAAAAGCGGAGCUAACGAGGUGGUGGGCAAUACAUACCGUGAUGAUAUCUCAUCUUCUCAUGGUGACGAUGAAAAUCUUGCAGAGAGUACACAUAUGCAGCCUUUUGACAAUUUUACUCCCUCUUAUUCCUCCUUUAAUCCCUUCAAAUCCCCAGAUUCAGGAGUAAUGGCGGCGAAUGUGGGGUUUCCUUUUACAGCUGCUCAAUGGAAAGAGCUCGAAAGACAAGCUAUGAUAUAUAAGUACAUGAUUUCCUCUGUUCCCGUGCCUGCUUAUCUUCUCUUCCCAUUUUCAAGAAACUUUGCUGGCUCCUCUGCUGCAUCAAUAGGUAAUGGUAGAUACUCAAGAAAUGGAGAUCCGGAGCCUGGGAGAUGCAAGAGAACAGAUGGCAAGAAAUGGAGGUGUUCAAGAGAGGUGGCCCCCCACCAGAAGUACUGCGAGCGCCACCUGCAUAGAGGCCGUCCCCGUUCAAGAAAGCCUGUGGAAGUUAAAAACAAUGGUGAAAACCAUCACAAGAAAACUCGACUUGAUCAAAGCAGAUCUCUUCCCACAGUUCAAUCUAGCUCUACUGUUUCCCAAGAGUUUGUUGCAGCAAAUCAGCCCCUUUUGUUGUUCAAUGCUAAAACUGAUCUCACCAUUUGUACACCUUCUUAUAAUGAAACUAAUAGGGAUUUGAGCGUAACGGUGGACGAGGAGAUGGUGGGAAGAGAUGAAGGUGCUGAGCCGCCAUGGCUGCAUCCGAUAGAAGCAAAUAUGGGAUUGGCAAAUGAGGGGUUCUCUGUUUAUAGCUCUAACAAUGCACCUAUUUUUCAUCAAGAUUAUGUGGAGCAACAGCCUUGGGAUGUGUUUACUUACCCGAAUUUUGAGGGACAAACUGGAUUCGUUGAUACUUGGUCGGUUGACAGCAUGAACAUCACAGACAACAGGAAUCUUGAAUCCUGCGUAUCGCUAAACGAUGGAAAUGGCUCCCCUUCACUCAAUUUAACAAUGGCUAUGGCUGCCGCAGAUGUCCUGGGUGAAGAAAUGAGAAGUAUACAAAUGGGGACAAGUGUUAUUGAUCACAAUAUUAAGGAUUCAAUGUGGUUGAGCCCUGUUUCUUGGGAGCUGUUUGCACGAGGAGGGCCGCUUGGGGAGGCUUUGCAUCCGGGAUCGCUUGUCAUUGGGGGCUCAAACCCGGCAUCCCCCUACAAUUCAAUCAGCACGCCUGCUACUACCGUUUCAUCGCCAUCGGGGGUUCUUCAGAGAACACUAUUUUCACACUCUGAUGGCAGCGUCUGCAACAGCCCGACUCUCGGGCCUCCCCUGACAACGGAAGCUGCCAUCCAGUGGCUCAAUUAGAGUGAUGAGAAUCUUAAAUCAUAUAUAUAUGUCCUUACAUUUGGUUUUCUCAAUUUUAGUUGUGAUGUUGUCCUUGUUGUUUGUUCUUAAGGUGUAUUUUAGUACAAGUUUAUGUACAUUGAGUUCAAUUGUUUCUCUUGACAGUUAAGAGGGGUUGUGUUGGGCAAAAACUAUGUUUGUUUUGAUUGCGUGUGUUGUGAUGAGGACAUCCUGUGCUUGCCAACUCUGAGAGUCUUCUUGACACUGCUGCUGGGCCAAUGCCUUUUAGUCUGUAACGAAAAUAUCUAGCUUGGGAGAGUGUUUUUUUUUUUGGUUCAUCCAAAGUGCCACUAGU